AUGCUCAUUUUGCCCUAUGUGGCUGCUAUAUGGGCAGUCCUUUCCUGCUCUGGCCUAGUGUCAGCGGAUGGUGGCAAAGCCAAAAAUCAGUAUGAGGUGGUCGUCAAGGACACGCUGGCUUCUGCUAUGAUGCUGGGUCUCGCUAAUGAGAACACAGCGUUCAUCUUCGAUAAGGUGGAAGGCAACUUUCAAAAGACAAUGUCGGGCAAGCCGACGUGGGCGUCGCUCGUUGACCUAAACACUUUUGAAGUUCGUGGUAUCGACGCCCAGACAAACCCAUUCUGUGCGGCUGGUAUGACGCUCGGUAAUGGCUCUUACAUUGUCGUGGGUGGUAACAGUGCUAUUUCAUACGGUGGCCAAGGCACGAAUUUGCCGAAUGGUUCCGUAGCGACCGGUCCUGUCGCCCCCUACCAAGACUUCGAUGGUCGUCGUGUCGUGCGUAUCAUGGAGCCGAACGAAGACGCCUCGCAACUGAACUGGGUGGAUCAGUACAACAGCCCUAACCAGAUGGACUCGCCUCGAUGGUACCCUGGUAUUGAGGGACUGGCUGAUGGUUCGGUGGUGAUCAUUGGUGGCGCCACCAAUGGUGGCUUUAUCAACCGCAACACGCCUAAUGUGGAUCCAGCUUAUGCGACGUCGUCGUCCAACCCUACUCCUGGUGUUUGGGACCAGGGCGGUGCGAAUCCCUCGUACGAAUUCUGGCCUCCGACAGGUAAGCCCAAGCCAGCAAUUUCGGACUUUAUGGUGAAGACCAGCGGUCUCAACAUGUAUGCACACACGUACUUGAUGCCUUCGGGUAAGAUUUUCAUGCAGGCCAACUACAGCACCACACUUUGGGACUGGAGCAAUGACAAGUACUAUGACUUGCCUGACAUGCCUGGGCAGAUUACUCGUGUCUACCCUGCCUCUGGCGCCACAGCCAUGAAGCCUCUGACGCCCAAAAACAACUACACGCCCACGAUCCUUUUCUGUGGUGGAUUCCAUAUGACUGACGAUGAGUGGGGUAACUUCACAGCUCCCAACAUCAACGUGUAUGAUCGUGAAGGCAGCACAGACUGCUCGUCUAUCACCCCUGAGUCGGCUAGCGGAGACAUGGACAAGAAUGUUCAGUAUGUAAAGGAAGAGGACCUUCCUGAGCCUCGCAGUAUGGGUCAGUUCAUUCAACUGCCCAAUGGCAAGAUGGUUAUUGUCAACGGUGCAUCGCGCGGUUUAGCGGGCUAUGGUAAUACUACCUGGAACAAGGUGAAGGAUAAGGGUGGCAACACAGUCUAUCUUGAGGGCAUGAGCCAGAGCCCGACCCUUCGUCCUGUUGUGUACGACCCGGAAAAGCCACAAGGACAGCGUCUGGAAUACGAUGGCUUCGGACACUCUGACUACCCUCGUCUGUAUCACUCCUCUGCCAUUCUUGCUCCCGAUGGUUCCGUAUUGGUGGCGGGUUCCAACCCGCAUAUGGAUGUGGCCAUUCUCCCCCCUAAUGACCAACUGGACACGAAGUACGAAGCGUUCAACACGACCUACGUCAUGGAGAGGUGGUACCCCGAAUACUACUUUGAGGAGCGGCCGGUGCCACAGAACCUGCCCAAGGUCAUUGGAUACGGUGGUGAUCCGUUUAACAUCACCGUGCCUGCCAAGUACAUGAACCCGAACAACAACGCUAAUGACAUGGCGAACAACACAAGGAUCUUUGUCAUUCGACCUGGUUUCUCUACACAUGCGUACAACUUUGGACAGCGCUCGCUGGAGCUGGAAAAUACGUUUUCGGUUCAGAACGAUGGUUCCGUUGAGUUCAUGGUGAACCCCAUGCCGACGAACAUGAACUUGUUUGUCCCUGGGCCUGCUCUGCUGUUCGUGACUGUCAACGGUGUGCCUAGCCAUGGCAAGCUCAUCAUGAUUGGCAAGCAAAACCCUGGUCUCGUACCGUUCAACCUGAAGCCGGGUCCUGAACCUAAGCCUCUGCCCAAGCCUCAGCUUAACAGCAAGUAUUCAAAACCGGCCCCUCAGUUGGGCAUGUCGUCAAAGUCGGGCGAUGACGACGACGGUCUUUCGGGCGGUGCAAUUGCUGGUAUUGUGAUUGGUAUUUUGGUUGCUCUUGCUAUCAUUGCGGCGAUUCUAUUCUUUGUGUGGCGUCAUAACCGGCAAAAGCAGACCAUGGCACAGUAUUCGACGAUUGGGCGCCCGCAGGCCCCGGCGUCGAGCGGCAGCUUCAACCAGGAGUCGGCCACCACGAACCCACGGUACGGCACUAGCUCGGCGGGCUGGUCCCAGACCGAUAUGUCUCAGCAGCCGAUGAUGAUGCGUAACGACUCGCAGAUGAGCUUCACUGAUGAGACGCUAGGCCCUGCCUUCUCGGACGUGAACCACGCACGUUCAUUGGACAACCAGACGCCGAAUGGCAUGGCCAUGAACCCGGAGCCCUCUUCACAAACCGUUUUACAUCAGAACUCGAACCCGUUCAUGCAGGAGUCCUAUUCGGACCAUAACUAUACCUCACCGUCUUCGUUAGCGCAGACGAGUCAGCUUGCGCCACCGCUCACGUCGUCUACGGUUAUGGCGCCGGCAGGGAGCCGCCAGCCUUACAUGGUCCCUCAGCCGACGACGCAUUGGAAUGACAUUCCGACUCGGCCACAAAUGAUGGGACCCCGUGAAAUGCCGCAGUCCAACCUGCAGCAGCAUAUUACGGCUAACCAGGCGAACCAGCCUCGCUACUGA